AAUAUGCCUACACAAGUAACACAAGACACGCCUCGAAAACCCUACCCUCCUCCAUUUCCCCUGAACCCUGCCGCCGCCGCCGCAGAAAGGGUUAGUCUACGAUGGUGUCAGGAUCCGGGAUCUGCGCCCGGCAAGUGGUGGUGGACGGCCACCAACACAUGCUGGGUCGGCUGGCGUCGAUAUUGAGCAAGGAGCUGCAAAACGGCCAGGAAGUGGCGGUGGUGAGGUGCGAGGAGAUAUGCCUCUCGGGCGGACUCGUCCGUCAGAAGAUGAAGUACCUCAGAUUCCUCCGUAAGAGGAUGAACACCAAACCUUCCCAUGGACCCAUCCACUUCCGCGCCCCCGCCAAGAUCCUCUGGCGCACCAUUCGUGGUAUGAUUCCUCAUAAGACUAAGCGUGGUGCUGCCGCACUUGCUCGUUUGAAGGCUUAUGAGGGCAUUCCACCACCAUAUGACAAGAAAAAGAGGAUGGUCAUCCCUGAUGCUCUCAAGGUUUUGAGGCUUCAAGCUGGCCAUAAGUACUGCUCGUUGGGAAGGCUUUCUUCUGAGGUUGGAUGGAACCAUUAUGACACAAUCAAGGCGAGUUUCUGCUACUCAUUCUUGUUUGUGGGUCAAUUUUGCUUUGCUGAUGGAACCAGAAGAACUGCCUGUUUUCUGUCUAGUUUUCUCGUGUUAAUGAUUAUGUUACGUGUUGACAAGGAGAGAGAGACGGAUAUAGUCAAUUAAAAAAGGAAGAGAGCUGGAUUUAGUUGUCUGAAGUACUGCUUCUAAAUAUAGAGCGAUUAGCCUGACCCUUUGAACUUUGAAGCUAUACAGCCUAUACGCCCUAGAUUGUCUGGGUGUUGGUCUUUAGUAUGUGUUUUUUAAUUUAUUCGGACAGUCUGUAUAAUGGGUUAUGGGUUUAUGUCAAAGCAGUUGAAUAACUUUUUACGGGUAUCGAUCCCUUUUGGUGUUUGGGUUUUUCCGUGUGUAAUUUCUUUUUGACAUCUGUUGCUUAUGGUGAUUUUGAUUGCUUUGGGGUUCUUAAAGUUGGGUAGAAAUUUCUUUAGUUUAUCUUAUUAGAUUUGUGUAUAAAUUCUGUUGGUAGAAUCGUAUUCAAGAAUUGUUUGUUUAGUACUGGAACCAAAGACUGCCUUCGUCUCCACUGCACGCUCAUGUAAUGAAGUCACUAACUUGACUAUAGCUUCGCAUGCACUUUACGUGUUUGCGUGAACCUUGACUACUCUUGGACUGUUAAAUGCUAUUCUGAGCUAUAGCUGAACUGAUGAGAAACCUACUUUGGCAUUUGCCUUCCAUUGGAUGAUUAAUCCUUUUUACUUCUGUUUUCGCUGCAGGAACUUGAGAAGAAGAGGAAGGAAAAAUCUCAGGUGACAUAUGAGAGGAAGAAGCAGUUGACGAAACUGAGGCUCAAAGCUGAGAAGGUUGCAGAGGAGAAACUUGGUCCCCAGCUUGACAUCCUUGCUCCCAUCAAGUACUGAACCAGGGAUAUUGCCAGUUUUCUGACUUAACGAUUUUGUUAGUUUCUGCCUCCAGUCGCAAAUUGAGUCCUCCGAUUCAGCCGGACUUAAAAGGGCCCCUACGAAGCCACCUAUGGUUUAAGACAAAUCAUUGUUAUCUGAUAGCGCUUGCAUCCUGUCAAGUGGAAGUAGAAUUCCAGUUGAAAUGUUUUCAUUUUUUUUUUUUUUUUGAAAAUAGUUGAAAUGUUUUCAUUUAGUACCUAUUAUUUGUUUUUUUUUUUUUUUACCCUUUUGGCACUACUUCAAUACUCAUGUUUUACAUCUUUUCUAUAUUUCCGAGUAAUUUUUAUACCUAAAUGUUGAGCGAA